CACCGUCUGGAUUUGUAGGUUAUGUGUAGGGGUUUGAGACCGUGAAAACAUUAGAGUUUGGGAGCAUUUGUGGAUUUUUGUCAUGGGUCAAGGGUGGAAAAGGUUACCCUUGCUAGUAGUUUUCCUGCUAUUUUGGAAGAAUACUGAUGGAUUUAAAGGUGGCGCUUAUUCCAAUGCCCAUCAACAGUGGGGUCAGCCUUCUGACACUUUCUCACCUCAUGCUGUCCAGUCUUCUAUGCCAGAGGCCCGUGUGACUGGGACUUUGCCUGUUGAAGAAGUGGGCUCCAGUUUGUUCUCUAACAAACCCCUGAAGAGCAGGUCAAAGUUUAAUCUACUCCAGUUUGUCAAAGGUGGUUCCAGCAGCUCUCAGUCAACGUCCCAUGCCCAAACUGCUCCAGGCAGCUCUGUCUCUGCUUUCUUGCCUCUGCCCCUAGAUGAACAGCCUUUAAGCAGCUUGACAUCUGCUGGAUCAAGUAUUUCAGGUGCUGCUAGUGGAUUGAGUUUGCAGACUCUGUAUGCUGCAAGUGGUUCUGGACACCUCGUUUCUACCCAGGGAGGGAGUAGUAGCUACCCUGCCAAGCUUGGCUUUUCUGACCAGUCCACCAGUGAUGGUUUGCAUUUGUCAACCUCCCAGGAAACCUCUGUUCAUAAAUCAGCAGAAGCCUCUUUGCCUGUGUUCUCUCAGGAGAGUAUCUCUUACAGCAGUUCAUCUGCUCCAGGUGCCACUUCCACUUCUCAAAGUAGCCCUAUACUAUCAGAAAGUUCGGGUCAACGUGUAUUUUCUCAGGGGGAAGGUAGCUACAGUGCUUUGUCUCAAGGUGCCUCUAGUCCAUAUACUCCAGGAUCCCUGAUGUCUAACAAGCUUGAUGCUUUACCCCUAGGGGUUUCUAGCCAGUCCACAAGUGCUCAAAGUUCACCUAGUGGUUCUCCAAGCACCCAGAGCAGGUCUGGCACUCAGUUAGCAACUUCUAGUCGUUAUGUCUCAGUACAGGGAGGUAGUAGCUCUACUAGUUUUUCUCACAAGCCUCAGGGCACUCUGGGUCAGUAUGCUCCCUUGUCCCCUACCAAAUAUGUAAGCGCUCCCAUGUCAUCGCCCCAAGAUAUCUAUAGCCAGGCCACAAGUAGCGGGUCUUCCUAUAGAGCUGUUUCACAGGUUGGUUCUCUGCCUCAAGUGGGCGCUUCUGAUCAGUUUGCAUCUCGGAGAGGCAACCAUUACAGUGGAUUGCUUCCACCGUCUCAAGCUACCUCUAGCCAAGGGCAUAUUGACUACUCAAGCCCGUUUCCUCACCCCAAAGCACUUCCAGUCAGUCUGCCGGUGUCUGGAGUCCCGUAAGCAAUAUGCCUCUGC